UAAAAAACAAGAUGGAAGCCAAACUUUGACAGAAUCUCUAGGACACUGCUGACGUGAGCAUGCAACUGUGAUGACCUGACACUUGUGCCGUCCUAAACAAACAAAGCAAAAGCCAAGUCCUGGAACGCCGUUGUCAUCAACAUGGCAGACUCCAGGGAUGUUACAGGGGGGCCUGGACCACCAGAGCAAUCCCAGAAUAGAUCAAAAGAGAAGAAGCGAAGACAUGGGCAUUCCAGUGGUUCCAGAGUUAACGUCAAAGACGGUGAAAGUGGGUAUUCGGAAAAUCGAGGAAAAACGGAGCGGGUGAAAUCAAAGGAGGCGGGGAGUGAGCCGAUUUCAAAGUGCGAGAAAGCGGUGGAUUCAGCCGGUAGUGGUGAGAAGAAAGGUCGGACUCGGAGGAAUCCUGAGGAGGAGGUGCCAAGGAAUGGGGCGGGUGACUGCACGAGUGGUGAUCAGGACGUGGACAAUGCCCGCGACGAAACGACUCAGGAACACGAGAGACUCGGUCGGGAAGCGGAGGCGGACCGACGCACGAAUAUAUCCGCACAGGGAGAGAUUGAACGGCAGAACAGCGCGGAUCGUAAGAGUGGCAAUAAUCCGACGAAUAUGGAACACGGAAAAAAUAAGUCUGAGCCGGACUCGGAAAAUAUUGGCAAAGAGCGUCCUGUAAGCGGACAGACUGCGGCGAGAAAUCAGAAAGAAAAGUUAGUCAAGGAACACACAAGGAGUUAUUCUGAUGGCGGGGCGGUGUUUGUGAGCCCACGUCGUCAGCGCAGCGAUUCCAACGGACAGCAUAGCGAUCAGGGCAUUUAUGAUAAUGAGCAUGCCGAGGUUGUGUUAUCGCGAUCGCGGUCGCUGAAGUACGAUCGUCAGGGAAGCCGCGCCGAUUUUCCACCGCGGUUACUGGUGGUUUCGAGUAAGAUAAAGAACAUUAUGUCUCUACAGAAUGCCCUACUGCCUCAAGUGACGUUUUUGCAAUAUAAGUUCGAGACAUCGACUUUUGAUGGUUUGAUAGGUUUAAUAGGCCAAUUCCUGCUCAAUAAGAAGUUUCACAGUGUUGCCUUAGUUCUCCAUGGCCCGGUGGGCGUGAUACAGUUGUGUGGGAAAGAGGAAAAGCCGCUCAAUAGAGAUACCGUCCUUGACCACGCAGGUAUUCGUGGCUUCUUCUCCAAACUCUUCAGUCUCCAUGGCAACAAGGAGGCAGCGAACCUCCGCCUCGACUUCUUGGCAUGUAACGCCGCUCAGGGACAAGAUGGCGGACAGGGCAUCGUCAAGGAGCUGGAGGCUCUGCUGGGGGUGUCGGUUGGUUUGUCUCGAGACAUUGUCGGAGCAGAGCUGGUCAAAGACCCGUCCUCAAAAAGUACGGUUGGGGAGCUCUACUUCCGUCUUGAGUGUCUCCGUGGAUGGAGUGGACAUUACCAGCAGUCAAUGGCCGGCUUUGAGAAGAUCAGAACCGUUGGGAAAGGGGCAUAUGGUGCGGCCGUCCUCUACCGGAAACGUGACGACGACUCCCUGGUCAUACUCAAAGAAAUCAACAUGCACGACUUGAAUGCAGCAGAGAGACAACUUGCUCUUAACGAGGUGAAAGUUCUCGCCGUCUUAGACCACCCGAACAUCAUCAGUUAUUACGAUAGUUUUGAAGAAGACGGCGUCCUGAUGAUUGAAAUGGAGUAUGCAAAUGGAGGGACGCUAGCUCAAUACCUCUCUCAUAGGGACGCUCCACUGGACGAGAAGGAAAUACUAGAAAUCUUCCAACAGAUGGUGGCAGCCAUUCGUCACAUUCACGAACAUAACAUACUACACAGGGAUAUGAAAACGGCCAACAUCUUCCUGACAAAAGAGGGCGUUGUUAAAGUCGGCGACUUUGGAAUCUCAAAGAUAAUGUCAACUGCUGAUAAAGGAGCGAAUACAGUGCUGGGAACGCCUUAUUAUAUCAGCCCCGAAAUGUGCGAAGGCAAGGAAUACAAUGACAAAUCGGACAUCUGGGCACUCGGCUGCAUUCUGUAUGAAAUGGCUUGUUUACAGAAGACGUUCGAGGGGUCAAAUCUGCCCGCCUUGGUCAAUAAAAUUAUGAAGGGCCAGUUUGCCCCAGUGAAAGGAAACUAUUCAGAAGAUUUCAAGAACCUGAUAAAGGACAUGUUAGAACGUGAGCCUGAAUACCGACCGUCUGCCAAUGAACUCAUGUAUCGACGGUUGCCAGAGAAAAUGUCUACGACUCCUCAACAAAGGAAGAUUUAUAAGUUCCCUAUGGUGAAGGAUGUAGCGCUUCUAAAAGAGAUUGUAGCCAUCAACCCUUUCUGUGAACCGUCAAAGUGGAAAGAAGUGCUUCAGAACUUUAAUUUUUAUUUCACCGGGGAGGGACAAGAAAAAAAGGAUGCAACUGAAAGAGGCAUUGUCGAUCGAUUUGCUGUUCUCCUCACAAAAUUCAAGAAGGAUGAACUUACAUCUGUCAGAGUGAAACUGUCCAGGAGGAGGAAGCAGGUGAAAACCUGAUAUUAGUCAUAAUCAGAGGCAGGCUGCAUCUGAAAGACCUCGUCCCCAAUCACGACCUCGCAUCCGACUUCAACUUCAUCGAAGUCGAAGAUCAAGAAGUGAUACCAGAAUUGAAGCACCAU